AUGGAUAGUGUAUUCUUGAAUUCUUCAAGUUAUUACAUCAAAUAUUGUAACGAAGAGUUUUACUUUAACGGUACUUUAAACAACAUCAAUGUAUUCACAUAUCAACCAGAGUUAGAUCCUCCAUUUAUCGUUGAAUCAUUCAAUAUCGUUUCACCUGGUGAUGAAUUGUUAUUCGUCUACAAGAUGGAUUCUCUCCCCAUCGGAAAAUUCACCAUGAUAGCAAUCAGUCCUAGUCUACCUUUUAUAAACGAGUCGAUCAUCAGAGCAUGUUCAUCGAUUGGAAGUAUCGAAAUUCAUAUGUUUGUACCAAAUUGCUCUACUUUAGUAUCGUCGUUGUCUAUCAUUGGGUUCAAAGGUCAAGCAAUCGGAACUGCAACUGAAGGUACAGGUGAGAUUUCAUAUCCACUCAACACCAUCAAGCCCUGUCCACCGAGUCUAUCAAUUGUCCUUCAAGACAAUGAUUCAGUUGUCGUCAAAGCCAAUGGCAGGUUGGUUAACGAUCAAACUACUAGUUUUAAAACUGGUCUCAAUGUAUUGGUCUUUUCUAAAGAUCUAAGUCAUAUGACUAUUACCAACUUUGACACCUCUUCUUCAUCGGAUGUCUCUUCCUCUUCUUCCUCUUCCUCUUCCUCUUCAACUGAUACCACCAAUAUUCAAUUCAACCGAUUUAUUCAACACCACUACAAAAAAUCGAGUGUGAUUGCAAUUGUAGCUAUUAUUCCAGAGGGCAAAGAUGGUAGUUAUUUACGUCUAUCCAGUACAACCAUACAAACAAUCAAAGAAAAACUCGGGAGUAAAUACAUCGAUCAAUACAUUGGUGGCACUAGUAAAUGGGUUCUUAUUUCGGUUUAUGACUAUACUCUUUUUACCGCCAACGAGCAUGCAACAUCUGCCAACACCUGCUCUGCCUCAUAUUAUCCUCGUUCGUACUCUAGUUUAAAAGUAUCCGUAGGAUCCUGUAAUAGAGUCUAUUCAAGUGCCCAAAGUUACAUAUACAUUGAUGGAAGAUCCAAAUUUACAAGUGGAGGAGACGGAUUAUCAAUAACUAUUUAUAAAGACGGAUAUGAUGAAAGUUUGGUGUUUAAAAUAGUUGCAGAUGACCAAGUCAACAAUGGUUCACCAUCAGAUAUAGCAGUGUCAAAAGCUGCCAAUUUUAUUUUAAACCGAAUUCCUGUUGGAUCAGUCGUUGCUAUAUCUUUGACCACAUCACCAUCGUCGUCAUUUACAAUUCCUCAAGACCUAAGAGAUGCAUUAAAAACUCUGGGUGCCAAUUUAAGUAGUAAAAUCAAUAAUCAAUCAUCGUAUGCAUUGAUUGGAAGAAAGGGAAGUCCACCUGGUUCAGCUCCAGAACAAAUAUCUCAAACUGGUCCCGUAUCUCUAUCGGGAUGUUUCUCAAAUUCAAUGCCAGCCAUACCGUAUGGCUUUGAAAUCAAAGCAAUUGGAAAAGGUUGUGAUCAAAUUGGAGGAGAUAGUUAUGUCAAGUUUUAUGUUAAUUCUCAAGAAAUCAAAUUUGACUAUUCAAAAGCUCUCAACAUGUUGGUUGUUCGUCCGGAUGGGAGCCUCUCUUAUUUAAGAUCUUAUGAUACAGGGACAAGUGAUAGUGAUGCAGAGGCAUUUAUUGAGGAUUUCAAUGAUGUCGAGGACGGAUAUAUAGCAAUAGCCACAAAAGGAGAAUGGACACAAAACCUUGGAGAUGUCGCCAGAAACCUGAUAACCUCACGGCUUGGAGGAACAAAUUAUGGAGAAUAUCCAAGAGACUAUGGUUCAUCCUAUUCAAUAAUCGGAGAGGUUGGUGCUUCCUUUGCACCAGUUCAAUCAUUUUGUCCGAGAGAAACAUCAACCGCUCCAAACUAUCCAGCCAUUUCAUCAAUCAGGGUUCCAGGUUAUGAUACAAUGUUAAGAGAAAUCGGCGACUCUGUUUUAAUCAAUGGCACUACUGAAAUGAAGAUACAUGAUACAACAAUUGUUGGAUCACUUUCUAGUGAUAGUAUCAAAGUUGCUACAAUUCGUAUUAUAAGAGUAGAAGAGACAUUAUUUGAUUUUAUUAAAUCAUUACCAGAUGGAACAAAAGUAAUUUGUCAAACAACCAAUACUAGUAUCUCUAGCAACGAGCAGAGAUUAGCAUUUCAAAUGAUUGGAGGAUGUAAAUAUGAUAUGAAACAACCAUACAAUGCUGUCUACACUAUUAUUGGAGUAAAAGGCUGUUCUCCUGGAUCUGCAAUGGAGAACGUAUCCGAGAUCAAUUCAAAUCUUGUAAUGGCUUCCUUUGCAAGAGUUGACAAAAACAAUUAUUAA